AUGAAAAGAUUAACACUUAGAAGAAGAGAGCCAACUUAAACUACUAGUUGUGUAUUAAUUGGACAAAUUUUAGUUUAGUGAUCUUAAAACUGAAUAAGAUGAACCAAAAUAAAAAGAUGAGAGACUUAAAAAUUGGAAUAUUAUGUUUGGCAAUUUCUUAGGUGAAGGACUUGUUAGAUAAAAGAAAAGAAAUAAACAUAUAGAUCCUGCUUUUUUGAGAGAAGCUCCAAUGUUUUGUGGAAACAAUGUUUACUACAGUCCUUCAGUAAGGGACAAUUUUGAAAAAUUUAUCAAAGGUGAAAUAUCAGCUUGUGAGUUUUUAACACGUAAAAAUUAAUCAGAAUUGCUUGAUAGACAAAGACCUAAUUCUCCAAAAAAAUUUAAAUUAUUUAGAGUUGAAUAAGAUAACAAUUCUAGAAAUGAACAUCCAAAAUAAAAAGGAUUUCUUAAAUUACUGAAAGACAAAUCAGAUGAAAUCUCUAAAAAAUCAAGGAUUGAAUCUAGAUUUGCUGUUUUAAGAAAUUUAAUUGAACAUAAGAUUAAAUUAAAGGAAGAGGAAGAUAUCAUAAAAAGAAGUAGAGAAUUAAAAAAUGUUGGUGUUAUUAAAUAAAUGUAUGAUAUUAGUGAUGAAUAUAUAAAAUUAAUAUCAAGAAGAUAUAUGGAAAAAAAAUCAAUUCCAAUAAUAUAGAAGAAUAUUAUUAAUGGAAAUCAACUUAAAUUGAUCUAACACUAAAAUCCAUAUUAAACUUUAAAAACAGCUACUUAUGAAAAUGAAAGUAAAAAUAAGUAUGAUCCUCCUACUUAAACUUCAGCUAUCAAAUUUUAAAUUAAUUAAAAAGCCAAAGAAUAUAUAGAUGAAUUGUAAACAAGAGAUUUCAUUUAAAAUGAAAAAGCUAAAAAGAAAAUAUUCUUAAAUUCUUAAUAUAAAAAUAUUGUACAUUAACAAUCAUAAUCCUUACAUAGUCUUAGGAAUGUUAAAUAAAUAGUUCCAUUUAUUAAAUAAAAUUACUUAAAAAAUUAAUACAUAAAUAAUGAUUUAGAAUUGAUUAAAUAUAUAACUGAUUUUCAUGUUGAAGAUCCUUUUCAUGAUAAAGAAAUUUAAUCGAAAGUGAAAAAGUCUUUGCUUAUUUCUGCAGGGAUUGUACCACACAAUUAAAUUUCUAAAAUACCUUAGAAAUUUCAUAAACAAUCUUAUUUGAAUCUAAAAGAUGAAAUAUCAUAAAAAUCUUCAAGAUCUAUGGAUGAUUCUUUAAACUCAAUGUAUGAAUUUAAUGUUGAUUCAUUAUAUAAUUAAAGCAUAACAUUACAAAAUAAAUUAUUGGAAAAAUAACCUGAAGGAUUUAGUAGAACUAUAAGAUCAAUUUAGAAGAAUGAAACUCUAAAGACGUAAAAUAAAAAUAUUAAUCUUUUUUAGUGAAAUUAUUUAAAAAAAUGUAUAGAAAUUAUAGGGUCUCAAAACACUAAAAAUUGGUGAAUGA